AUGCAAAAUAUACAUUCGUCAUUCAAUAUAAAAAAGCAUAAAUAAACUUGGUGAACUAGAAUGGCCCAAAACUCUUGUCUUGAAGCAUCCAAUCUUCUUCACCGUCUUGUUAGCUUGGCAUCGUCUUGAAUCUUCAUUCAAUGCUAACUUAAAGUUCUAAACUAGAAAUACUUGAAAUAAUAAAAAUUACCUCAAAAUUUCAAUGGUACGCAGACCAUAUUUAAAACUUUACAUUCAAAGAUAAAACGGUUAGCAGACCGUAUUUAACUAUACUAAAUUGGCCAUACUAGUCACUUGGAGUACAUGGAUUCCAUAAAAUAUAUAUAUUCUAUGCAUUCACCCAUCUAUAAUUAUACUAAAAGAGAGGCCACUAAAACCAAAACUGCCACGUGGCGCUCUCACAUUAAAAAAAUUCCCGCCCAUUUCCCUUCCUUUAAUUAAAUUAAAUUUAUUAUGUAAUUAAUUAAUCUUAAAAUACACUUAAUCAGAUUUAAUUAUUAAAAUAUCCUUACUAUACGUUGAAGAUUUGUUCAUAUUGAAAGAAUUUACUAUACGUUAAUUAACUAUAUUGCAUAUCAAAGAUUUUAUGUUUACAAAUUUGUACGUAUAAUUGGCCUUGAUUAUAUCAGGAAGGUUUUAAAAGAUUCCUUUCCCUAAUGCGUAGGGAUAUAUUCCUCAAAGAUUUGUUCAAUUUCCCUAAUUACGGAUACCGAAACAUUAACAAAAGUAUACGUAUUAGCAAAAGUAUACUAAAUCAUUUCUUUCCAUAAUUCUUAGGUAUAGAUUCUUAAAUGAUUUGUGCAAUACUAAACAUUUGCCGUGCAAUAUGUAUACUAAAUAAUUCCUUUCCCUAAUUCUACAGUAUAUAUUCUCCUCAAAGAUUUGUGUAAAAACUAAACACUUGUCGUGCAAUAAUUAUAGAUUGACAUAUAUAAGUACGUUUUAUACCGUAUAUAUCAAUAGUCCAUCAGUAUACAAGUCAUCAAAGACACAAUAUAACCAUACAUUCAAAAAUUAUCAAAUACAUAAUUAAUAGGUUAUAGAUGGCUCAUUCAAUAACUAUGCUCAGUGAUAUAACUCCGCUUAAGGAGAACUGGAAAAUAAAGGUUAGAAUUAUACAGCUUUGGGAAAAACCAGAUUACUACAAAAAAACUGAAAUUAAGGCUAUUGAAAUGGUCUUGAUUGAUGAAAAGGGGUCUAAAAUUCAAGCCAUCAUAAAAAAAUUUCUCAUGGAUAAAUUUAAAAAUCUUAUGAAAGAAGGAUCUUCGCGAAUUAUUGCUAAUUUUGGAGUAGAAUUAAAUUUGGGAAAACAUAGGCCAACUAUCCAUACCUACAGAAUUAAUUUCUUUUACAAGACUAUAGUUAAGGAAUGUGGAGAUGAUAAACUCCCCUUAUAUGGUUUGGAACUUUUCUCUUUUGACAAAAUACUUCAGAAUGAAAUUGAUUAUGCGAUUUUAGUUGGUGUGAUUUUCGGCUUAUUUAUUUUGCAUAUAUAGUUCAUUCGGUUUAAUUAUUUAAUAGUCACAUUUAUAUGUUUACAGAUGUAAUUGGAGAAGUAACCGGCAUUGGUGCUAUCGUAGAUAAAUCAACAACCAACACCCCAAACUGAUUUUUGCCACUUGAAAUUGAAGAUACGAAGUAAAGAAUUUAAUUUAGCUAAUUUUUCAAAUUAAUAAUUUUAUAUUAUACGUAUAUUUUUAUAUGACAUACUUUAAUCUUUUCUUUUCUUUGGUAGCAAUAACACAUUAAAAUGUGAAUUGUGGGGAAAAUAUGCUCAACAUAUGGUUUCCUAUAAACAAAAUGAAAGUCAUAAUGGACGCAUUAUCGUUGUUAUUCAAUUUGCUCAAAUCAAGGUUUUCAAAGGUAAUAAAAGUUAUAGCGGAGUACACUAUAUUUAUUAACCAUACUUCAUAUUAUAAUUAUGUCGUGUUUAUAUUACAAUAAUG